AGGAGGUGGUUCUCCUUCCAUACACUGUCGUGUACACACAGUGCUACGCAGGCAUGGCUUUCGUUACCCAUCAGAUUGUUAGAUCUCUAAGCUCUUCUGCGGCCAGACAUGCAGCAAUCAAACAUGUCACGAUUAUUGGGGGCGGACUGAUGGGUGCUGGCAUUGCACAGGUUGCAGCUUCGACAGGGCACUCUGUUGCACUAGUGGACACGUCUGAAGACAUCCUGAAGAAAUCCGUCAAAGGAAUUGAGGGAAGUCUAAAACGAGUUGUAAAGAAGAAAUACGCAGACAAACCAGAGGCUGGAGAGGAAUUUAUCCAGAAAGUUCUGAAAAACAUUAGCAUAUCUACAGAUGCUACUUCGGUGGUCCAGAGCACUGACUUGGUGGUGGAAGCGAUAGUAGAGAAUCUGAAAAUCAAACAGGACCUCUUCCAUGGUCUGGACAAAGUGGCUCCAGCACACACCAUCUUCGCCAGCAACACCUCCUCGCUGCCCAUCGGAGACAUCGCCAGCUCCACGAGCAGGCUGGACCGCUUUGGCGGCCUUCACUUCUUCAACCCCGUGCCCAUGAUGAAACUGGUCGAGGUGAUCCGAACUCCGUCCACAAGCCAGGAGACGUUUGACGCCCUCCUUGAUUUCAGCAAAGCACUUGGAAAGCACCCAGUGUCAUGCAAAGACACUCCCGGGUUUAUCGUGAACCGGCUGCUUGUGCCCUACAUGAUGGAGGCGAUUCGGCUUCACGAGAGAGGUCACGGAUCAAAAGAGGACAUUGACGUAGCUAUGAAACUGGGGGCUGGAUACCCAAUGGGUCCCUUUGAGUUGCUUGACUACGUUGGAUUGGACACAUCGAAAUUCAUUAUUGAUGGCUGGCAUCAGAUGGACCCAGACAACCCUCUGUUUGCCCCCAGCCCCAUGCUGAACAAACUGGUGGCAGAGGGUAAAUUGGGCAAGAAAACCGGCGAGGGUUUCUACAAGUACAAGUAACUGUUGUCCCCGAGCUCACCGAUGACACACUGAGCAGAGAGCAAAGAUCAAGGCUGCCAUAGAGAAGAUAACCACGACCAAACUGAACAGAGAUUUUUGUAGUUAUGCAAACACCAGUGCCUUGUUCAGGACACUCAGGUUAUGUCAUUGUGUUGUGUCAUAAACUCAAAGCUCUACGUCUGUUUGAAAACAAAACCUAUGGCAUUAAAAGGAAAUCUUCAAAAGUGGUACAUGUUUUUGCUUACUUUGAAUUGUAAAGACAAAAUAUCUCAGAUUAGCUGAAUCAUACACUGAACUCAACUGUACUGGUUUUGGAGUGUUUAAGGAUUUGCAAAGUCAUGUGUAUUUUGCAUGUGUAUGAAAAUUAAAGGUCUAUUUUACAACUAA